CCCCUCAGUUAAAGCAGGUAUAAAAAGCCCUGCGUAGCAUGAUUCAGUAAUAGCUUCUCACACAGGACUCCUCGAAAUCUGGUUGUGAGAGUUAGAUUUAUCUUUUCACCCUUACUUCAGUCCCUUUACACACAGCUUCGGGGAACAUGCGUGAGUGUAUCUCAGUGCACGUCGGUCAGGCUGGUGUCCAGAUGGGCAAUGCCUGCUGGGAGCUUUACUGCCUGGAACAUGGGAUCCAGCCGGACGGACGGAUGCCCAGUGACAAGACCAUUGGAGGAGGAGAUGAUGCCUUCAACACCUUCUUCAGUGAGACUGGAGGAGGAAAGCACGUCCCCAGAGCUGUCUUUGUAGACCUGGAGCCCACUGUCAUCGACGAGGUGCGGUCUGGAACCUACCGCCAGCUGUUCCACCCCGAGCAGCUGAUCACUGGCAAGGAGGAUGCUGCCAACAACUACGCCCGUGGACACUACACCAUCGGCAAAGAGAUCAUUGAUCUGGUGCUGGAGAGGAUCCGUAAACUGGCUGACCAGUGCACUGGCCUUCAGGGCUUCCUGGUCUUCCACAGCUUUGGAGGUGGCACCGGCUCUGGUUUCACCUCCCUGCUGAUGGAGCGUCUGUCUGUCGACUACGGCAAGAAGUCCAAGCUGGAGUUCUCAGUCUACCCAGCUCCCCAGGUGUCCACCGCUGUGGUGGAGCCCUACAACUCCAUCCUGACCACCCACACCACCCUGGAGCACUCUGACUGUGCCUUCAUGGUAGAUAACGAGGCCAUCUACGAUAUCUGCCGUAGGAACCUCGAUAUCGAGCGUCCUUCCUACACCAACCUUAACAGGUUGAUCGGUCAGAUUGUGUCCUCCAUCACUGCUUCCCUUCGUUUCGAUGGUGCCCUCAAUGUUGAUCUGACCGAGUUCCAGACCAACUUGGUGCCAUAUCCCCGUAUCCACUUCCCUCUGGCCACCUAUGCCCCUGUUAUCUCUGCUGAGAAGGCUUACCAUGAGCAGCUCUCAGUGUCAGAGAUCACCAACGCCUGCUUUGAGCCAGCCAAUCAGUUGGUAAAAUGUGACCCUCGCCACGGCAAGUACAUGGCUUGCUGCGUUUUGUAUCGUGGUGAUGUAGUGCCCAAAGAUGUGAAUGCUGCCAUUGCCACAAUCAAGACCAAGCGCUCCAUCCAAUUUGUGGACUGGUGCCCCACUGGUUUCAAGGUUGGCAUCAACUACCAGCCACCCACUGUAGUUCCUGGUGGAGACCUGGCCAAGGUCCAGAGGGCUGUGUGCAUGCUGAGCAACACCACUGCUAUUGCAGAGGCCUGGGCUCGACUUGACCACAAGUUUGAUCUGAUGUACGCUAAGCGUGCCUUUGUUCACUGGUAUGUGGGUGAGGGUAUGGAGGAGGGGGAGUUCUCUGAGGCCAGAGAGGACAUGGCAGCCCUGGAGAAGGAUUAUGAGGAGGUUGGAGCUGAUAGUGUGGGAGAUGAGGGUGAAGGAGAAGAAUAUUAAACAGGCACAUGUUCCUGUAUCUGUUAUGUCAAAAAUAAAAUUUGUUCAUUGACA